CCUCUCCCCGUCGCCCGGAUCCACCCGGGGCCCCCGCCCUCGGGUCGCCCGCGAGUACCAAGUUGGCGGGAGCCUAUAAAAGCCCGUGGCGGCGCGACCGCGGACACCGUGCAGACGCCCGAACAGCCGCCGCGAGCCCCGCGCCAACUCCUGCUCUGUCCGGACCGCCGGCGCGACCAUGUCCCAUCACUGGGGAUACGGCAAGCACAACGGGCCCGAGUUCUGGCAUGAGAGCUUCCCCAUUGCCAAGGGAGAGCGCCAGUCCCCUAUUGACAUUGAUACCAAAGCAGCCAAGUAUGACCCUGCCCUGAAACCUCUGUGCAUUUCCUAUGAGCACGCAACUUCUCGGAGGAUCUUGAACAAUGGUCACUCUUUCAACGUGGAGUUUGAUGACUCUCAGGACAAAUCAGUGCUGAAAGGAGGACCCCUCGAUGGCAGUUAUAGGUUGCUACAGUUUCACUUUCACUGGGGUUCAUCUGAUGGACAAGGUUCUGAGCACACAGUGGAUAAAAAGCAAUAUGCUGCAGAGCUUCACUUGGUUCAUUGGAACACCAAAUACGGGAAAUUUGAAAAAGCUAUGCAACAUCCUGAUGGACUGGCUGUUUUGGGUAUUUUUCUGAAGAUUGGCAGUGCUAAACCAGGCCUUCAGAAAGUCAUUGAUAUGCUGGAUUCCAUUAAAACAAAGGGUAAAAGUGCCGAAUUCAUUAACUUUGAUCCUUGUGGCCUCCUUCCUGGAAGCUUAGACUACUGGACCUAUCCAGGCUCACUGACCACCCCUCCGCUUCUGGAAUGUGUAAUCUGGAUUGUGCUGAAGGAACCCAUCAGCGUCAGCAGUGAGCAGAUGUUGAAAUUCCGUAAUCUUUACUUCAACGAGGAGGGCGAACCUGAAGAACUGAUGGUGGACAACUGGCGUCCGGUUCAACCACUGAAAAACAGGCAAAUCAAAGCUUCCUUCACAUAAGAUGGUCCCAGAGCUGGUGUCCAAAUAUUGAAUCUUCACAUAUUUCCCUUUAGUUUAAGCAGGUCCCACAGCCAGUAUCCAAAUAACGAAUCUCUGGGUGUUUCCCUUUAGCUAAGCACAAAUCAACAUUGGUGAUUUGGACUCUCACUGCUUUGCAUCUGGUUUUCUAGACCCUUCAUCUCUCACCUGACUUACUAAUAAAAUCUGAAGAGCUGGACCAGUUGUCAUGCUUGACAGAAUUGCUGUGACUGGUGCUUUGCUUAACAGCUGUAGCUUUUCUGUAACAGAGAAUAUAAUACAAAGAAUAGGAAUAAAAUACCUUGACUUUGUUCACAGUACACAGGGUUAAGAGUACCUGCAAUUGUUCACUAAAAUGCUAUUUUAAAAACCUAGGAAAGCAGAAUGGUUGAGAGCAAAUUCUUGUCAUGAGGUAAAUUGAGGUAUGUAAGGUAAAUCGGGUAAAAUAGUCAUGAUUCUAUGUAAUGUAAAUCAGAUAAAGUAAACGUUCAUGAUUCUAAGAUGUUAUAUUAAAAAAAGCUUAAAAUUCUUAUACAUUUGUAGCAAUGUUAUCUUAAAUACGAAUUAUGUUGUAAUUUAGUAACUUUUGAACUACCAAGAUGUAAAUGAAGUAUUAUCUAUAAAAAUUGUUAUAAUCAAAGUUGUGAUACAGAGUAUAUUU